AUGAAAAAGAGGAAAGCGAAAAAAAAAGGCAGAGAUGUUGUGAGGGAGGGUAGUCAACUUGGUCAUGUAGGAAGGGAGGAUAAGGAUGGAUACGGCGACACGAGGGAUAUCAUUAUAGAGAGGGAAAUGUCCUGGGUUGGGGAUAUCUCGAAAGGGGAGACCAGGAACAUGAAUGUGGAAGGGGAAGUCUCAGCCAAAACGAUGAGCAGGGCCACAAAUGGAGAACCCAUUUCGGAUGGGGGUCAACAGAUCCCCGGAGAAAAUCAAGAAUACUACAAGUACUACGAAGAAACGUUGCGGGGGGAAGAGGAAGAAGAAAUGAGCGAUAUAUCGACAGACGAAAUGUUGAGUGGCAUGGAAAGUGAUACGGACAUGUCGGAGGAAGUGAAGCAGUUUACCUCAGAAGGAAAACUUAUUUACAAGCAUUUUUAUAAUGAGGAUAUUACUUCCUUGUCGGAGGAGAUACAGGAGAAGGAAAAGAUGGUGGAACAAAUUAAUAAGACAGUAUGGAAAUUAAAAAAUAGAUACCUCAAGUUGGAAAAACACAUCAACAAUAAGAAGAAGGAAGUAACGAGAAAGAGAAAAAUAGUGGAAGAGAAGAAAAAACUCGAAGAAGAAGAAAAUGGAAUGUGUGUAAAUAUUCAAGCGAAAAAUCAGUUCUUGAUAAAACAGAAUGAAAAGCUAAAAUAUGAAAGAGAAAAAAACAAUGAAAAAAUUAUAAAAACACAGAACGACCUUAUACAGUGUGAAAACAGCAUAGAAGAAAUGAAGGAGAAAUUAAUCGACAAGGAGAAGGAACUAAAAGAAUGGACCCUCCAAAUUGAUAAGUUACAAAAGGAAGAAUUCGAAGUGGAGAAGUUCGUCCUCUGUCAAGACAAGGAAAUUGAAAAUAUAACCUACAAAUUGGAAAAGCUAAAUCUGGAGAAAGUAGAACAAGAAAAAAAAAUCAACAAAAUGAAAACAAAAAAUUUGCAGCUACAUAUGGAGUUGCAAGAAACCAUAAAAGAAAAUGAGAAAAUGGAAGAAGAAAAAAAAAAACUUGGAACCAAAUGGAAAUGUAUUGUGGACACUAUAAAUAAUAGGGACCAUACCAUUUUCAAAUUUCAAGAGGAGUUCACGAAAUAUACAAAGAAAAGAGAAAAACUAACGAAUAAAUGUAAGUCCAUAAAUGAACACAUCGAAAUGCAAAAGGGAAAGAAUGAACUUCUAAAUGAACAACUAAAAAGGAAAGAAACGAAGAUAAACAGAAUAAAGAAAGAACAGAGCAAAGUUCAAGAGGAACUGAAAAAGGCAUAUGAAGAGAAGGAUAUUUUGCUGAAAGAUUUCGAAUGCGAAAAAAUCACAGCCAAGGAAAAGUUAGAAGAAAAAAAUAAUCUCCAAGUUACUUUAACUGAUUUGGGAAAGACACUCCAUAAGCUAGUUCAAUCAUUUGAAGAAUCCAAGAGGGAAUACACAAAGGAAGAACUAAACAAUGUGGAGAAGAACCAACUUAUCAAGUCAAGCGAGGAUAUACUAAUCGAACAGAAUGGAAUACUAACAAAGCUGAAUGCAAAAAUAAAAAUGCUCGAUGAAGAAAAAUUUAAAUUACAGGAACAUUUACAGAAAAGCAAAAACGAAUAUACCACCUUGGAAGCAGAUAUGGUUGGCACUCAAAUAAAAAUUAAGCAAAUGAAAAGUAACAUAAAAAAGAUGGAACAAGAAUUGGAAAGGCAGAAGGAGAUUCUAUACAAGUUUGACUUCCAAACACAGGUGCUAACGAAGAAACUUAAUGUCGCCUCCGGGAUUAGCACCUUUGAAAAAAAAAAAAAAUGCCAAAAAGAAAUAGACACUCUGGAGAAGGAGUUUAACAGGUAUGAAGAAAUAUACACCACUCUUAACAACGAAAUGAAGCGAAUCAAUGUGGAGCUGAAAAAUAUAAAAAAUCAGCAGAUGUGCAUGAAGGAUGAGAAGGCAAAUAUUUUGCAGGACACAGAAAAACUGGAACUUGAAAUUAAAUCCCUAGAAAGUACCGUCCUUGCUCAAAAUAAAGAAAAAGAAAAUGUCAUGCUCAUCGAAAUGAACCUAAAAAUCGAGUUAGACAAAAUGAAAGAAAAUUUUUCCAACAAUUUAGAUAGCUUAAAUGUUUUGAAAAAGGAGAAAAAAAAAAAGGCCCAAAAUGAAAAGCUAAGCGAACAAGAUUUCAAUGCACAUGUGGACUCGCUCAAAGUGAUCGUAAAAAAUAUGGCCGACGAAUUGCAUAAGCUAAAUAUGCAAGUGCACGAGAAGAAAAAUAGGUGUAACAAUUUGGAGCUCAAGUUGGACUCUAUCAAUAUCCGCAACGGGGAGGAAGACCAACAUCAGCAAGAACAAAAGGAUCAAGCUAGCGGACAGGAUCAACCCAACCCUCAAGACAACAAACACAUUUUCUACAAAAUAAAGAUAGAAGAAGACAUAUCCAAGCUGAAGCAGGAGAUAGAGACUCUAGAUGAACAUAUAGAGAAAGAAAACCAACAGAUGGAGCAGUUCCAGAAGACGCUAAACGAGAUCAUUCAGACGAACAAAAUCUUCAGCGAUAAUAUAAAAUGUAUAAAUCCUGAAUACAAAGAACUUUUAAAAAAAAAAAAUAAAUUAAAUAAAAAGUGCAACCAAAUUAAGGAGGAUAUUGCAUCAGUAGAGAAGGAUAUAAGUGAAUACAAGAAAAAAAUCAACACCGUACAAAGAGAGUUGAAUUAUGUUCUCACAGAUGUUAAAAGUGUAGAAGAUAAAGUCACCGCUUUGCAGGAAAAUAGCCGUAAAAUGGAAGGAAUUAUCAAUGACAUAUUCAUCAAAAUUGAGAGAGCCUCAAAUCAGCUGCGCUCCAUUGUCGGUGGGAAGAAGAAGCCUAUGAGCAGUCAGUUGGACGCGGCCCUGAGCGAUCAGGAUGAGGAGGAAACCCCAACGGGAAGAAGCGCAGACCAGGCAGAAAAGCAUGUCUCACUAGAAAAGAAAGUCUUCAAGCAAAUACAAAUGGAGUCUCUAAAGGAGAAACUCGCUCUCCUCCUUGAGUGCUUCAAAAGUCACGGUGAUAACGCAGUCGUUCGGGAGAUUUACCAAGUUAUAGAGGUCUCUGAAUAA